CCGAAGUGAGACUCUGUCGUCAUAUUGCAGAGGGUCCGGGGUCUUGCCGAGCAAACCUCUCCUACUUCUUCCCCAAGAUACACGCGUGAGCCGCGAGUGCAGUCGCGCGAGUCCCGUGAGCAGCUGACGAGUUGGAAGUCCUUUUACCGAUCUGUCACCGUCGGUCUUUGAGAAGGAGAGGCAAAUGGCGAUCUGUUCAUCUGCGUCUGGAUCUGAGAGCGGCAAGGGAUGGAUAGUGCACGGCUUGCUGGCUGGAGCGGCAUUAGCAGCCGCGGCAGGGGCAUACGCCGUAAUUUCCCUCCGCCAAUCUGGCAAAUUCCGGAGCCGAGUAGUCGGCAUCAUCCCUGCCCGCUUUGCGUCCUCCCGUUUCCAAGGCAAACCCCUCGUCCAUAUCCUCGGCAAACCCAUGAUCCAGAGAACGUGGGAGAGAGCAAAGUUGGCCACAAUGUUGGACCAUGUCGUUAUCUUCUUGCACCAGUGGUGGCAACAGAUGAUGAAAAGAUUGCAGAAUGCUGUCGAGGUUUCGGGGCUGAUGUCAUAAUGACAUCGGAAUCUUGUCGAAAUGGCACCGAGCGCUGCAAUGAGGCGCUUCAAAAGCUUGAGAAGAAGUAUGACAUUGUUGUCAAUAUUCAGGGCGACGAGCCUCUUCUCGAACCUGAGAUAAUAGAUGGUGUUGUUCAAGCUCUUCAGGGUGCACCAGAUGCAGUGUUUAGCACUGCUGUCACAUCCUUAAAACCUGAAGAUGGAACUGAUCCAAACCGAGUGAAAUGUGUGGUGGACAAGCAUGGUUAUGCCAUCUACUUUUCAAGGGGCCUGAUCCCAUAUAAUAAGUCAGGGAAAGUCAAUCCACAGUUCCCAUAUUUACUUCAUCUUGGUAUUCAGAGCUAUGAUUCAAAGUUUCUAAAGAUAUACCCACAGCUUCCUCCUACCCACCUGCAGUUAGAAGAAGAUCUAGAACAGCUUAAAGUUCUUGAGAAUGGCUACAAGAUGAAGGUAAUCAAGGUUGACCACGAUGCCCAUGGUGUGGACGCUCCAGAAGAUGUUGAAAAGAUAGAAAUGCUGAUGCGAGAAAGAAAUAUCAGUUAAUAGAAAGCAACUUUGAAGCAACGUCAAAGACCAGAUGGAACACAUGAAUAUUUGCGGAAAUGUGUCCCCAAUCUGCAUUUUGGGAAGGUUAGUGUGUAGAAAUCAACCAAUUUAGACUGUUCUGUUAUUACUUGUGGUGGAUCCAGUUUAUUUGUUCUUUUUUUUUUUUUGGUUGUGUGCGCUUGUGUGCGCACUAAAUCCAGAUGUAUGGGAGAAUGAUAGUAGGAGAAACUUGUAUCUGUGAUAUUCUAUGUUCUUGUAACAAUAAUCUCUGAGCAAUAGUGGUGUCA